AUGAAAUUAUAAACAUAGGUAUCUUGUCACUGUUGGAUCUACUUGAUAUUUAAGCUUUCCACCCGGGUACUAUAACAGCUUUGGAGUAAACAGUCAUUCAUCAAGUGUGGUUUGAAAGUACUUUAAACGACCAGCAACUGAUUCAAAUUACCUACUAUAUUGUUCACUUCAUUUUUAUUAUCUCUGUGACCUUGGGCUGUUUUUAUUCUCUGUUGACAUUUGCCGGCAAAUUUUAAUUCAAUUAUUUAAACAUCAUAAAAAUUUAAAGCAAUAGACUUCAUAAUAUACACGGACUGGGACAUAUAUGACAUGAAAGACGGAAGGAAAAUUAUUUGAGUGAUACAAAACGGAUUAAGAACAAAGACCUGAUAUUUAUGUCAAUGAUAAGAAAGCACUGAACCAUUAGAUAUGUAAAUACUUCUGGUGUAUUUAUAUAACCAGUGCUUGAAUGGGGUUUGCCAUUUAAUCAGAACAUUGCAAACCAUCAAAAUGGAUAUGUCAUGCAAAAUCAUUUUACUUCAUUAUAUGUUGCUAACUCUUAGUUUGUCACGAGCAGUGGCAGAUAUGUCUAUGGGAGGCCCGAUGGUGCCACUUGACAUGAUAAAUGCAACAGGAAUACUAAGUGUCAAAGGACCACCACCGGGUGUUGUUAUUGUAUUCAUGGAAGAAGACCCUGCACCUCAAUAUUUCAAUUAUACAGUACAGUGUGACGAUGAAACGUUAAACUAUGUCAUGAGAGCUAAAGCUGACGACACAAAUCUUGUGAAGGUUAAAACUAAUGACGUCAUUAUUGAUUGCAGAAACAGACAUUUGGUACUAAUGCCACUAAUGCCACUAACCAACGGUUCUGUUGUUCAUGUUCCGUCGUACUCAGUUGGUGAUAAAGUACAGAAACAAAAAGAAUAUUAUGCUGUACAAGGGACUCAUACUUUAUAUACGAAUUCGGAUAUGCUUGGCAGAACGUUUAUAACGUUUAAUCUAUACAGCUAUAAUGACCUUGAACUACAAAACAAUCAAACUGGAGAUAUGGUAGAUGUAACAAAAGUGCCAGUUAUCAUCCUACGACUCAUGAGACCUAUUGAUACUGCUUUUAGGGUCAUUAUUUACGUUUUCAUGAUUUUCAUAACACUUGCUUUUGGGGCAAAGUUAGACCUUGAUGUUGUUAAAGAAAACAUUAGGCGUCCGCUAGCACCUUGCAUAGGCUUAGGGUGUCAGUUCAUUAUUAUGCCGAUGUUGGGUUAUGGUAUAGCCAAGCUGGUAACUGCUGAUCGACCGGAUGUUGCGCUCGGUAUAUUUGUUGCCGCUUGUUGUCCAGGUGGCGGAGCAAGUAAUAUUUACUCGUUUCUUCUCGGCGGUGAUCUUUCUCUAUCUAUCACCAUGACAGCACUCAGUACUAUUAUGGCUUUGGGAAUGAUGCCGCUGUGGCUCUACACACUGGGGCAACAGUUCAUAGACGGCACAGUCCAAGUUCCAUUUCUGAAUAUAUUUACAACGUUGUUGAUACUGAUAGUUCCACUGUUUGUAGGAGUAUUCUUACAGCAUAAACUUCCGAAAGUAACAAAGGUCUUAAUUAAGGUAAUAAGACCAGUAACCGUUGUCUGUAUUGUUUUGCUGUUAACUGUUGGUAUCUACUCAAAUCUUUAUAUUUUUAAACUUUUUAAACCAAAAAUCGUAUUGGCUGGUUGUUUACUGCCAUAUUGCGGAUACCUUUUGGGUGGCUUGAUAGCUUUCAUUUUCAGAUUACCAUGGCAGCGCGUAAAGACUGUCGCAAUUGAGACAGGGAUGCAGAAUACAGGAAUUGCUAUGAUUCUAAUGAUGUAUGCUUUUCCACCACCGGAUGGAUUUAUUGCAGCUGUGGCACCAAUCGCUUCUGCUGUCAUGACACCACUUCCGUUGUUUCUAAUCACUGUCCCUUACCUGAUAUACAAACGAUGUAACAAGGAUAAGUACGACAGUGUUCCGAACGAAAACGGAAGUACAAAGAAUAAUGAAAACGGAAGUACAAAGAAUAAUGAAAACGGAAGUACAAAGAAGAAUGAAAAUGGAAGUAUAAAGAAGAAAAAACCUAAAAGUAAAAAGGGCUCAAAGGAAAUAAUUUUGGAUGUAGAAAAUGGGAGAACCACUGUGAUCUAAAAGUGUUCCAUAUUAGUUGUUAUUCUUAUUAUCUAUUUAUACUGUAUAUUUUACGUAUGCGGACUGUACUAUGAUGUUCUGUUUAUCAUGUAUAUUAACAGGAUUUACUGUUGUUUAGUUGACUGUACUUUUUAAUAUAAUCAACGGCAGAUCUGGACACCGUUGAAUUGAGACAGCAAUCAAACGACACGAAAAUCUAAGGCCACAUAGUUUACUAGUAUAUAUAGUUCAGUAUACGGACAAAGAACAAAGGACAUUUGGAUGUGGUUCUCAUUAAAAUGGGGAUUUUACGUUUUCUUUUCUACCUUUCAAAUGCGAUAGCUUUAAUAGUAAAAUGUAGUGUCCUUGUCUAUAGUUUAUAUGUAUAUGUUAUAUUUUUUUCGUGAUUUUGAAAGACAUAAUACAGUAAAAGAAAAACAAUGAUGUCUUAACAUAUAUGCUAUUAAAUGGGCCCAACAACAAACAUGUGGUUAGUGUAUAUUCACAAUCAGAGCUGAAUUAAUUAUAGUUCAAUAUAUUCAUAUACUGGUGUGAUUUCAUACAAUUACAGUUACAUAUCAAUGAAAGGUUCUGAGAUUUAUGAUAUACGCGACGCACAUAUACAUGGGCGGAUUGAUGAUUUUGAAAGGGGCACCGAUUGAAGAAAAAAAAUAUGCCUUUACUAAGGCCCUUAACUAUAUAUGAGGCUCCUUUAUUAAGAGAGGACCUGGCCCCCUACCACCCUCCCCCUAAAUCAUGAAGCAUUUGAUAAACAUAUAUAUCGUAGUAAAUAUUAAUUUUGGAUGAAUGUAAAAAUAAUUUUAAUCUCAAAGGAAUCCAUAUGUUAUAAAGUACUUUGAAAUAAGUAUAUUUCCAUUCCGCUACCUGUAAACUUUAGAAUGUUUAAAUUUUGGUACAAAAUCAUAGAUUGACUUAAUUGUUACAGUCAUGAUCUUAAAAGUACACAAUUUUAAUUAAAAUAUAAAAAUCAGAAAUUUUUAUAAACACCUUUUUUUUAGUUUUCUUAAGUAUGUCACUGGAAGAGAGCAUUUUAUAAUGUUGAAAUAUUUAGAAUGUCAAUCUCCACAGGUUUAAACACGGACCAGUAACAAAGUUUUUAUAUAUAUGUAUUUCUACUGAAUAUUUUAAAUAUAUAUUUUAAAAAUUUUGACUUUCACCUGCGAUAUUCAAUUGAACACUUCAAUGCAUUUGAAUGUACUGAGAGUUUUUAAUAUGCAGCAGCUAUUUUUUUAUAUGUUAAACAAACUGUUGUUAUAUUGAUGAAUCUAUAUAUCCUCAUUUUAAUGCCAUAUUUUUUGUUAUCUUGUUAUAACCUUA